UGUGUCCAUUUAUGUAUCGCAUACAAAUUAAUGUACUCAGUACAAGUUUUUCUGUAGGCAUCGUACGCAUGCAGAUCUUCUCUCCAUGACUCUAACUAACUCCCGGAACACUCGUAAAGCUCAACUCGUAUGCUCUGGCCUCGGGCAACACUUUGUAAGUCCGAGGAAAGCCAGAGACAAGAGGAAAACGCAAACACUCGUGGCAUUGCCUGGCGCGGAACUCAAGCGUCGUCAUCUACUUGCUCAAAUGCAACGCCUCAUGGAUCCUACAUCAUCCCAAACAUUGUGUUCUCCUCGUACCACACUGGGUGGUCCCUCUGGUGAAGCAGACAACAUGAACACGCACAAUUUUGAUUUCACAGGCGCUGAAGACCAAAUGUCGGAGGAAGUCUCUUCUGAUAGGCUCACAGACAUAGAGACAAGUCCACGCAAGCGGCGCAUUCUCCCCGAUAAAUCGACAGAUACAUUAUACGCCAACUGGCAGAAGCUUAUACCCACCCUCGUUUGACCCGCAAUUGAGUUAUUAUGCUCGAACUCUUGGGCAAGCCUUGGAGAAAACUCACGAUGUGAUCUCAGCAUGCGGGACUCACACAUGCGCUCAUAA